AUGGCUGGACCACCGCCGCCGCCGCCACCUUUUUCCUUUGGGAAUGGGACAUUCGAAGUUUGCAUGGCUUUACCACCCAAGAUCAAUUCCGUCGGCAUCUGGGAAAAUCAGACUUCUCCUUCAGUGAUUCUCACAUAUUCAUUACCGCUUCUAGAGUUACAGAUGCUCUUGAUAUUCACGGUCACUCAUCUCGUGUAUGGCAUCCUCAAGCCUCUUGGAAUCACCCUCUUUGCCUCACAGAUGUUUGCUGGCAUGAUCAUGGGGCCUGCAGUGCUGGGGAAAAUAGAAAGUUUUCGAGACAUAUUUAUUCGAAAUGAAUUAGUAUUACAAGUCAUUGAUACUACAGCAGGGUUUGGUUUCUGUAUAUUUUCGUUUCUGAUGGGAGUGAAAAUGGACGCGAGGUUGGCAUUAAAGACAACAAGGAGAGCCGUAGUGAUUGGCAUUGUAUCCCUUUUAUGUCCUCUUUUGGUUAGUAUAAUUGUUCAAGAGAUCUACAAAACGCCUAAUCAAAGUGAAAGAAUAACAAUAGAAUAUUUGGUGGGGGUAGUCACUCAAUCCGUGACACAUUUUUCUGUCGUCGCAUGGCUUCUCGGCGAGCUCAAUAUCCUAAAUUCAGAGUUGGGACGACUGGCCCUAUCAGCGGCGGCCGUAAGUGACUUGAGCAACAUAUUUCUAUAUAAAUGCUUUACUUUGGCAGGAUAUUGGAAAAUGUCACCAUCAUUGGCUGUGGGGUGGGCAGGAGCAACGAUUUUUUACUUAUUUCUUCUUUUUUGUGUGUUUCGUCCAUGGAUGUUUUGGGUAAUUAGAACAACACCAGAAGGUAGGCCAGUUAAGGGAGUGUACGUUGUGAUCAUCAUGAUGUUAGCUUUUGCAUAUGGCGUGUUUACCCAUUGGCUUGAUCGUAGUCCUUUACUCGGGGCUUUUCUCGUUGGUUUAGCUGUCCCCGACGGACCGCCACUAGGAUCUACCAUGGUAGAAAAGUUCGAUGGUUUAGCCAACGGUGUCUUUUUAGUAAUCUACGUAACUACAUCUACAAUGAGAGUUAAUCCAACGAAGAUGUUGGCUGAUCUGUCUAGAGUCAGAUUUACUUGCAUUUUGGUUAUUGCCACAUUUCUUGCCAAAUUCAUAUCAUGUUUGAUAGCGUCAUGUUGGAGUAGGAUUCCGAUAAGGGACUCCUUGGCAUUUUCUCUCAUUAUGAGCAGCAAAGGCAUCGUGGAACUCUCAUAUUUCUCCAGUUACAAAGAUAGUGAGGUUUUAUCGGAUGAAACUUUUAGUAUGUUGACCCUUGUUGUUCUAGUAAAUGCGACUAUAAUCCCAAUCCUGGUGAAGUACCUUUACGACCCGGUUUCAAGAAAAUACGCAAGCUAUCAACAAAGAAACAUAAUGCACUUAAAACCUAACUCUGAGCUACGGAUUCUUGCAUGUGUUCAUCGACCUGAACAUGUCUCGGCCCUGGUCGAUGUGCUAAAUAUUACAUACCCUACGAAAGAGAGUCCUAACGUUGUUUACGCCCUUCACCUGAUCGAACUAGUCGGUCGUGACUCUCCGGUCUUCAUAGCUCACCAAAAGCAUAAAAAUCUAGUUGUCAAUUCCUACCACCACAUUGUUGCUUUCAAUCAAUAUGAGAAAAACAAUUGGGAAACAGUCACAGUGAACGCAUUCACAGCAAUCUCUCCGAGUAAACUGAUGCAUGAAGACGUCUGCACUCUAGCCCUGGACAAAGAAGUAUCCUUCAUACUUCUUCCAUUUCAUAGAAAAUGGUCUGUUGACGGAUCUAUUGAAGAUGACAACAAUGUGAUAAGGAACAUGAACUGCAACGUCCUAGACCGAGCCCCUUGCUCGACGGGGAUCCUCGUGGACAGGAGGAGGAAACUAUUUAUGUCAUCGACCUCAACUUACUCCGUCGGAAUGAUCUUCUUAGGUGGUAAAGAUGAUAGAGAAGCUUUAACAUUAGCCAAACGAAUUGCCCGUGACCCUAAAGUUAAGUUAACUGUGAUCCAUCUCAUUGCUGAUGAAGACAGCGGGAAUUUCAUUGACUGGGACGGGAUGCUGGAUGCUGAGGUAUUGAAAGAUAUUAAGCAAAAUGACAAUAGUCAUGGUUGCGACGUAAAGUAUAUAGUUCUAGUUUCGAAACAUGGGCAACAAGCAUCGAGGAUCGUUCAAUCAAUUGUGGGUGACUAUGACUUGAUUAUUGUAGGUAGACGUUACGGGGCGGAUUCCGUCCAAACAAUGGGUCUGUCAGACUGGAGUGAAUUUCCUGAGCUAGGGGUCAUCGGAGACCUUCUUGUAUCCCCAGAUUUAAAUUGUAGGAUAUCCGUACUAGUUGUGCAACAACAGGAUUUUAUAGACAGUUAA